AUGAAGGAUAUUAUCUUUGUAUCCCCACGGCUGUAUUUGUCAUCACAGGAAGAUUGGAAAAGUGUUCAUGCCAAAGGUGGAUACAUCCCCAUCCUCAAAAAUGAUCUACAACGUUUUCAGGAUUCAUUAAAGCAUAUCGUGGAUGCCAGAAAUAGCAUAUCAGGGACACUGCUAAAUAGCAACGAUGACGCGACUAUAAACGAUUCCGAUCAGAAAACUGGUUCGAGCAAAGACAAAGACUCUUCGAUAGCAGAUAACAAUGCCACUAACGAGGGCACCUUAAGCUCUUCUCGUUACGAAGAGCUCAAACUAUUCCUUCCCAUUUCCUUAGACCAGCAGAUUCAUACGGUAUCUUUGCAGGGAGUCUCUUCAUCAUUCUCUCGCGAACAAAUAGAAUCAUUGCUAGAUCACUGUUUAAGUUUAGCUUUGACGGAAACUCAAAGCAAUCCUAAAUUGAAGGUGGAAGCUUGGUCUUCUUUUUCAUCGUUUUUAGACACCCAGGACAUUUUUAUAAGACUCAGUAAGGUUGAUGAGGAUGAGGCGUUUGUAAAAAUACUAAAGUACUGCAAAGCCUUAUUUGCGUUUACUAGAAAGCUACACGAGGAUUUCAAGAUUGAAUUACACUUAGAUUUAAACACACAAGAAUAUAUCAGGGAUCGAACAGGAACUGUACCGAGUGUUAAACCAGAGAAGGCUAGCAAAUUUUACUCCAUUUUCAAAAACAUUGAAGGCCAAACAGAUGAAAGAAAUUUGAAGAAAGAACAAUUGGAUGACUCCUCUACACAAUACAAAGUGGAUACUAACACCCUAAGUGAUUUACCACCGGAUGCUUUGGACCAAUUGUGCAAGGAUAUAAUAGAAUUUAGGACAAAGGUCGUCAGCAUAGAGAAGGAAAAAAAAAUGAAAAGUACGUACGAGGAAAGUAGGCGUCAAAGACACCAAAUGCAAAAAGUCUUUGAUCAGAUAAAAAAAAAUCACUCAGGUACCAAAGGAAGCGCUAAUGCAGAUGAGGAAGACGCUAAUAUUGAAGACGAGGAGGAGGAAGAUGACGCUGAGGACGACCUUGCCUUAGAGAAAAGAAGGGAAGAGAGGGUGCUGGAAGAAUCAAACCGUAAGUAUGAGGAUAUGUUACACCGCUUACAUUCUGAAACAGAGCCUAAAAUAAAAUCUAUUAAAGCUGAUAUCAUAAGUGCUGAAAAUUAUGAGAAGCAUUUGGAGAAAAAUCGCUCAUUAUAUUUGAAAGAGCUCUUACACCUUGCCAACGACGUUCAUUACGAACAUCAUAGAUCUUUCAAGGAGCAAGAGGAAAGAAGGGACGAAGCCGAUAGAGCUAAAAACGGAAAUGCAAAAGAAUCGGUGCCUAUACAACUAUCUAAUGGCAUGGCCACAUCUGCAGAGAAGGCUGACGCCCUCACCCUUCCUGAAGGAACUGUGAAGGGCGAGAACCAUGACGCAGACAAGAAUGUAUCUGAGAGCUCAGAACACGUCAAGAUCAAAUUCGAGUUCAAAAAGGCCAUUGACCACUCAGUUGAAAGCUCUAGUGAAGACGAGGGAUACAGGGAGAGCGAAGAGCCGCCAACAAAGCCCUCUGAGAAAAGCGCGGCAGAGGACCGUUUGCCAUUUACGGCAGAUGAACUGAAUACAAGACUAGCUGAACUAAAGGAAUCGCGCUACGUGGACGAAUUGGUGCGUGAAUUCCUCGGUGUCUACGAGGACGAACUGGUAGAUUACAUUCUUGAGAACAUCCGCGUGAACCAGAGCAAGCAGGCCCUUUUAAAUGAGCUAAGGGAGACUUUCGACGAAGACGGGGAAACGAUAGCUGAUAGACUGUGGAGUCGUGAAGAAUUUCGCUUGGGGACCUGA